AUGUUAAAUAGGAAGCAAGAGAAGAACGUACAUAUGGAUCAGUUCUUUCAAUACGACACUUAUGGCGACAUGUGGUGUUUCGACGGGGCAUUUCCGGUGAAUCGAAGUGCUUUUUCUGGGUACACGGACCAGCCCGUUGAUGGAUUUCCGGCGAAGGGCGAUGAUGCCGGAACGAAUCGUCGGAAUGUGAACAAGAGGAUGAUUGAUUUCUUGAGAAGAAAUUGGACGCCGGUGUUGGAAACGAAAGGAAAUGAGAGGGAAAGAGGAUAUAGACACAUGAUGGACGAAAGGCUAAGGAGGGAGAAACAGAAGCAAAGUUACUUAGCGUUGCUUUCAAUGUUGCCUCCUGGAACUAAGAGUGAUAAAAACUCAAUUAUUCAAAUGACAGCUAAAGAAAUUGAAGAGCUUCAAAGAUACAAGGAAGAGUUGGAGACAAGGAACACUGAGCUUGAAGCAGUUUUGGAUGAUCAUCAGAGAGAAAGUAGGGAAGUAGAGAAAGCUAAGAUCAAAUUAAGGGUUACUUAUCCUUCAUGUGGGAUUUACUCUGUGUUGGAGGUUCUUAAAUGCUUGAAAAAUAUUGGGUCUAAAACCACAGCAAUCCAAUCAAAAUUUUCUUCAGAGGAGUUAUUAGCUGUACUUGAUAUUGAAACCAAGACUGGAGCAGCAGAAGCAGAGAAAGCAGUGCAAAGAACUCUCUUUGAAGUUGAAGGGAAGUUUCAUAGCCAUUUCCAUGAAAGAGACAGAGGUUUGAGUGAUGGUAGUAUGCCGUAAAUUAUACUUAAAAAUGAAGUAGCAUGGAAAGUCCACUAGGCAAUGACUUUCUUUUUUUUUUAUGUGUAAAGGGCAAAAGUGUAUUUGACUGUUUCCACUUCCCUCUCUCAAUUAUUAACUUUUUUACAUCGUCAACUCAACUAUUAGUUAGUUUUAUAUUACCACAAAAUUUUGCUUUCGU